GCAUGUGCGAAAAACCACGUGUGGGCGCUGUCAACCGUGGUGAUGAUCAUCUGUCCAUGGCGACACCAGCAGAGGAGCUUUCUCCCGAGAAAAAGAAGGAGCUGAUAACCAGGAACCUUCAGGAGGUUUUAGGAGAGGAUAGAUUGGAGGCUCUCCUCAAGGAAGGUCACAGGGUUCGUAUCUACUGGGGUACUGCCACUACGGGAAAGCCUCACGUGGCCUACUAUGUCGGAGUCACCAAGAUAUCCGAUUUUCUCAAGGCAGGAUGUGAGGUGACGUUCUACUGGCAGACCUACUGCAUCGCGCGCGGUCCUGGACAACCUGAAGUCCACACCUGGGAAGCAUCUGGCCUAAUAGAUCAGGUACACAAUGAGGCAUGCAUGCAUCACAAGCCCGCAUGUGGAGAGUCUACGUGUUCCUCUGGAGAACUCAAGGUUUGGAGGGAACCGAGUACCAGCUGAGCAGGGAGUACACGUUGGAUGUGUACAGAAUGGCUUCAGUAGUGACUGAGCAUGAUGCCAAGAAGGCAGGGGCUGAGGUGGUGAAACAGGUCAAGAAUCCCCUCCUCAGUGGACUCCUAUAUCCUGGACUGCAGGCAUUGGAUGAGGAGUAUCUCAAAGGAGUCGAUGCCCAAUUCGGUGGAGAGGACCAAAGAAAAAUAUUUACUCUUGCCGAAAAGUACCUUCCUAACCUGGGCUACAAGAAGAGGAUUCACCUCAUGAACCCCAUGGUUCCUGGUCUGACUGGCGGAAAGAUGAGCGCAUCUGAACCUGACUCAAAGAUUGAUCUGUUGGACUCGCCAGGAGACGUCAAACGGAAAAUCAAGAAGGCGUUCUGUGAGCCUGGAAACGUGCAGGAAAACGGGAUCCUGGCCUUUGCCAAACACGUUCUUUUCCCUGUCUUGGACGGAACAGAGUUUGUGAUAGAGAGGUCAAAGAAGCAUGGAGGAAACGUGCGAUACACCACGUUCACAGAACUGGAGGAGUCUUAUGCAAAGGAGGAGAUAUACCCCCUGGACCUCAAGAAUGCCGUUGCCAGGGAGCUGAGCAAGCUCCUAGAGCCGAUUCACGCCAAGUUUUCGGCCGACUCAGAGAUGCAAAUGAUCCGAGACAGGGCUUAUCCUGAUGAAGUGGUGAAGAAGGGAGGAGGUAAGAAGGGAGCUGGUGGGGGUGGGGCAGGACCUGACAGACCAGUAGACAUCUCCAGGUUGGAUCUCAGAGUGGGUGUGGUCAUCUCUGCUGAGAAGCAUCCAGACCCCAGUGUCAGUUCACUGUAUGUGGAGAAGGUGGACAUUGGAGAAAAAGGUACGUAUAACGUGGUGUCACUCUUUAGCCUUCUCUUGUUCAGUUAUAAUAUACACCACUGACACUAUGAGUGAUUAGCUCUAGGUGUAUAUACAUAUAGCACAGGUAGUAACUGAGUGAUUAAGCAUGGAGAUACAUAGAUCCCUCCUUCAGUGCCUCCCUCUUCUCUCUUAUCUCCCGCUGUAGUCCAUUGUCUCUCUUUUCUUCAUUAUCUCUUGCUCCUUCCGUUCUCCCUUUCCCCCCCCCUCCCCUCCCCGCCCUGCCUUCUCAGAGCCUCGUACAGUAGUGAGCGGUCUAGCCAAGCAUCUGACACUUGAAGAACUGAGGGACAGAAAGGUGGUCCUCCUGUGUAACCUGAAGCCAGCCAACAUGAAGGGAGUGAGAUCUGAAGCCAUGUUGUUAGCCUCUUCAAAAGAUGAGAGUGUGGAGCCACUCGACCCUCCUCCCGACUCUAAACCUGGAGACAGGGUCUAUGUGGAUGGAUACCAACACGACGUUGCUGGAGAACCUGAUGCAGUUCUGAAUCCAAAGAAGAAGAUAUUUGAACAGGUUCAGGCCGACCUCCUGGUGAACAGUGACUGUGUUGCAGAGUACAAGGGAGAGCCACUCAGAACUACAGUGGGUGUGGUCAAAGUUCGAACUCUGACCUCUGCUGGCAUCAAAUGAACAACAUGCCUAUGAGUCCUGAAUCAUUCUGUUGUGUAACAAUGUGUCAUCGAAGAGUGAAUAUUUGACUGGCUCAUAGGUAGUUCUCCGCAACGAAAAGCGAAAAGGCAGGUAGCACAGGACUGUAUACUGCAUUGUUGCAGUG